AUGCGCAUCUUCCUCCUCCCCCUCUCCACGCGCCGCACAUUCCUCUACGCCCAGCGCCUACACAUCACCACCUCGCCGCCCAACUCGUCCCUCCUCGACAGGGGCACCGCCUUCGCCGCCCGCAAAUGGUCCGAGUGGGAGAAGAAGCCGUCGGGCUGGCAGAAGAAGGUGGUCGAGUACGGGAACCAUGCGUUUCGGCGCAUCCCCUACGAGGAAUGGGGCCUGAAGAGCGUGCCGCCGCUGUCGACGCGCCGUCGCCAGGAGGAGAUUGAGGGCAAGGAGAAGGUGGAGCUGGUGUUUCCGGGAGGUGUGCUGCGCGAGGGGGAUGUGCUGCGCGUGGUGGAUGGGUUGGCGAGGGAGAGGGAGGGUUUGCAUCGGAGGAGGUUGAUGUGGUGUUUUGUGGGGAUGCCGAUUACGUUGCCUUUUGCGCUGGUGCCAGUGAUCCCCAACUUGCCGUUCUUCUAUCUCGUGUAUCGAGCCUGGUCGCAUUGGAGGGCGAUUGCGGGCGGCAAGCAUAUACAGUGGCUGGUGGGGGAGAAGUUGCUCAAGCCUACGCCGUCGAGGACGCUGGACAAGUUGUACGGGGAGAUACGGGCCGUGGAGGACGGCAAGGAGAGGUUGCUGUUGACGCAGGAGCAGGUUACGUCGUUUUCGGAGACGUUGGAUGUGCCGGCGCUGGAGAUUGAGUUGGAGAGGGCGAUUUGGCAGGUUGAGCAGGCGUUGCGGGAGGAUGGCCAAGAUGUGAAGGAGAAGAGUGAGGGUGUGAAGAGUAAAGAUGCAGACAAGACUAAAGACGUGGACGAAAAGAGUAAAGAGACACAGGAGAAGCAAUGA